UGCGGGGCGAGGUCGACCCUCUGCUACGCUAGGCCUGCCCACCGGCCGCGGCGCUGGCAGCGUCGCGUGACGUCCUGCGAGCUCUGUCGCGCAGCUUUUGCGUUGUGGCUGGCGGGAGCGGGAAGAGUAUUCGGAUUUCCUUCCUCUGCCCUGUGGAGGGAAAGUGCGCUCUGGCCCUAACUCCAGGACCUGCACCCGAGCAACCCCUCGAGCCUGACCUUCCGCGCUCUGCCACCUUCUCGAUCCCGCCGGCGCCUCAGAGCUGCAGCCGCGUCUUGCAUCCCUCGGCGCCUCAGCCACUAGCUGCGAUGCAUGUUAUCAAGCGAGAUGGCCGCCAAGAGCGAGUUAUGUUUGACAAAAUUACAUCUCGAAUCCAGAAGCUUUGUUAUGGACUCAAUAUGGACUUUGUUGAUCCUGCUCAGAUCACCAUGAAAGUAAUCCAAGGCUUAUACAGUGGGGUCACUACUGUGGAACUAGAUACUUUGGCUGCUGAAACAGCUGCGACCUUGACUACUAAGCACCCUGACUAUGCCAUCCUGGCAGCAAGGAUUGCCGUCUCUAACUUGCACAAAGAAACAAAGAAAGUAUUCAGUGAUGUAAUGGAAGACCUCUUCAACUACAUAAAUCCACAUAAUGGCCAACACUCUCCCAUGGUGGCCAAGUCAACAGUGGAUAUUGUUUUGGCCAAUAAAGAUCGCCUGAAUUCUGCCAUUAUCUAUGAUCGAGAUUUCUCUUAUAAUUACUUUGGCUUUAAGACGCUGGAGCGAUCCUAUUUGUUGAAGAUCAGUGGAAAAGUGGCUGAAAGACCACAGCAUAUGUUGAUGAGGGUAUCUGUGGGCAUUCACAAAGAAGAUAUUGAUGCUGCUAUUGAAACAUACAACCUUCUUUCUGAGAAGUGGUUUACCCAUGCCUCUCCCACUCUCUUCAAUGCUGGCACCAACCGCCCACAACUUUCUAGCUGUUUCCUUCUGAGUAUGAAAGAUGAUAGCAUUGAAGGCAUUUAUGACACUCUAAAGCAGUGUGCAUUGAUAUCCAAGUCGGCUGGGGGAAUUGGUGUUGCUGUGAGUUGUAUUCGAGCUACUGGCAGCUACAUUGCUGGGACUAAUGGCAAUUCCAAUGGUCUUGUACCGAUGUUGAGAGUAUAUAACAACACAGCUCGAUAUGUGGAUCAAGGUGGAAACAAGCGACCUGGGGCAUUUGCUAUUUACCUGGAGCCUUGGCAUUUAGACAUCUUUGAGUUCCUUGAUUUAAAGAAGAACACAGGAAAGGAAGAGCAGCGUGCCAGGGACCUUUUCUUUGCCCUUUGGAUUCCGGAUCUCUUCAUGAAACGAGUGGAGACUAAUCAGGACUGGUCUUUGAUGUGUCCAAAUGAGUGUCCUGGUCUGGAUGAGGUCUGGGGAGAAGAAUUUGAGAAGCUAUAUGAAAGUUAUGAGAAAGAGGGUCGUGUCCGCAAAGUUGUAAAAGCUCAGCAGCUUUGGUAUGCCAUCAUUGAGUCUCAGACAGAGACAGGUACCCCGUACAUGCUCUACAAAGAUUCCUGUAAUCGGAAGAGCAACCAGCAGAACCUAGGAACGAUCAAAUGCAGCAACCUGUGCACAGAAAUAGUAGAGUAUACCAGCAAAGAUGAGGUUGCAGUUUGUAACUUGGCUUCUCUGGCCCUGAAUAUGUAUGUCACAUCGGAACACACAUAUGACUUUAUGAAGUUGGCUGAAGUCACCAAAGUCAUUGUCCGAAAUCUGAAUAAAAUUAUUGAUAUUAACUACUACCCUGUCCCAGAGGCAAGCGUAUCAAAUAGAUGCCAUCGCCCCAUUGGAAUUGGGGUACAAGGUCUGGCAGAUGCUUUUAUUCUGAUGAGGUACCCUUUUGAGAGUCCGGAGGCCCAGUUAUUGAAUAAGCAGAUCUUUGAAACCAUUUAUUAUGGAGCCUUGGAAGCCAGCUGUGAAUUGGCCAAGGAGUAUGGCCCAUAUGAAACCUAUGAGGGCUCUCCAGUCAGCAAAGGAAUCCUUCAGUAUGAUAUGUGGAAUGUUACUCCUACAAACCUGUGGGACUGGAAACUUCUCAAGGAGAAGAUUGCAAAGUAUGGUAUAAGAAACAGUUUACUCAUUGCCCCGAUGCCUACUGCUUCAACUGCUCAGAUAUUGGGAAAUAAUGAGUCAAUUGAACCUUAUACCAGUAACAUCUACACUCGCAGAGUCUUGUCGGGAGAAUUUCAGAUUGUAAAUCCUCACUUACUGAAAGAUCUUACUGAGCGGGGCUUGUGGAAUGAAGAGAUGAAAAACCAGAUUAUUGCAUGCAAUGGCUCUAUCCAGAGCAUACCAGAAAUUCCUGAUGACCUGAAGCAACUUUAUAAGACUGUGUGGGAAAUCUCUCAGAAAACCGUACUCAAGAUGGCAGCCGAGAGAGGAGCUUUCAUUGAUCAAAGCCAGUCUUUGAACAUACAUAUUGCUGAGCCUAACUAUGGCAAACUCACUAGUAUGCACUUCUAUGGCUGGAAACAGGGUUUGAAGACUGGGAUGUAUUAUUUAAGGACAAGACCAGCAGCUAAUCCGAUCCAGUUCACUCUAAAUAAAGAAAAGCUGAAAGAUAAGGAAAAGGUAUCAAAAGAAGAAGAGAAGGAGAGGAACACAGCAGCCAUGGUGUGCUCUUUGGAAAAUAGAGAUGAAUGUCUGAUGUGUGGAUCCUGAGGAAAGGCUUAGAAGAGACCAGCCCUUCUUUAAUAGCCAAACUGCUUCUUGAGCAUAGAUAGGUAUAGUAGCUUUGCUUGAAGUGAUAAGGUUUUGCUGGACCUUAUUGCAGCAAAAGAAUCAAUUGAUCUAAAGUACUGUUUCUAUAUAAGUGUGAAAGUAAUGAUUUUUUAAAAUUGAUAUAUUGGGAAUCAAAGUAGAUGUUUUAGGAAUGCAAAAGAACUCAUCUUGCAAAUAGGGAGUGAUUAAGUAGGGUUUCAUCACCCGUCUGGCACCCCUUUUCUGGUGACUUCAGUUUUGGUAAGGAGACUUUGGUGUGUCCAUAGAAGCAAAACUGAGUCAUAACACGUGAGAAGUGCUGACAAGACCUCUAUCUGGAUAAGGUCCUAAUAGAUCAUUCUGAAAUAAAGGUAAACAUUUGUAAAUGAUUGUGUGAGACCAAUUUUGUCAUUUAUUUUCAUACAAAGGUCAAAAUUUGAUAAAGCAUUUUUUGUUAUUUGAGAGUUCAGGGAAGAAAUUUUAAGACAAAUUACUUAGACACCAUAUAGAAUUCUGAUUGUAAUAUAUGUCUUUUUCCUCUUUAAAAUAUUGUGGUAAAAUAUACAUAACAUAAAUGUUACCAUUUUACCCAUUUUAAAACAUACAAUUUAGUGGCAUUAAGUACAUGUACAAUGUACAACCAUCACCACUAUCUAUUUUCAGAACUUUUUCAUCAUCCCAAACAGAAAGUCUGUAUAUAAAACAAUAAUUCCCCAUUCCCUUCUCCCAUUAUUUCCUGGUAACCUCUAUUCUACUUUCUGACUCUGAAUUUGCUUAUUCUAGGUAUCUCAAAUAAAAGGGAUCAUACAAUA